GGCAGACACAUCCCCGAGCCUCGUUAUGGAGUACAUAAUUUUUUUGCACAAGAUCUGCGUAACUACCCGAUUGGGCAGGACCAGGGGUCGGAGAGUAUGAGGGGCGGGCUGAGCACGACCCUGAUAUCCGACUCUCGGGCUCCUUUGUGCGGCUACUUACAGAAGCUUGGUUCGGAGGCGGAGAGUAUUCUGGGUGUUGCUGCAUUUCGUGAACUGUUUGCGGUCAUAAUUAAAUGAGAGUGACAAUACAGCUGUCAGACCUGAUUUAAUAGAGUACCUCGCAUUCUUUUUAAGAACAUGGAAAUGCUUCUCGUAGAAUUGCAAUACUGUUUGGAAUUCCUCUGCAUCUCUUUUGGGCAUUCAAAUUGAUGAAUCAAAUUAUGAGGAUGGAAAGACGCAGAAGGGAAAGAAACACCCCCUAUUUGUUUGUUGCUUAGGAUUUUUGGUGCUACAUGUCUGUGAAUGGGCCAGUAAUCCAGUUGUGCAGCUGUGCACUUUGUGGUCUAGCAGGAUGGAGCCUGCUGCUGUCCACUACACUGCUUGAGAAGUUGGAAAGGCCAUGAGGGCAGACACGUCCCAGGGGGAGCUCAGCAUGGAGCAAAUGAGUCGUCGGGGUGCUGAGAGUCCCAGACUGGCCUCCCUGCGGAGAUCGGAGGCCUCAGGGUCCCUUCCGGAGGAAGAGGAUACUGGCACAGGGAGGAGGAAGAGGAGAAAGAAGGAGCCCCGGCCAGAAUCCAUCAUUGUGUACCGUUCAGAGGUGGAGAAGGACGCAAUGGAGGGCCAAGGAGGAGAGGAGAGGGCGGAGAAGAACUCAGAGGAGGGGGCAAAAUUUCUUAGCACUCCUAGUGGAGAAGGAGGCUGGAGCGUGCCACCUGAUAGCCGCUAUGUCACUUUGACGGGCACCAUCACCCGUGGGAAGAAGAAAGGUCAGAUGGUGGACAUCCAUGUCACGCUGACUGAGAAGGAGCUUCAGGAGCUGGCCCGCUCCAAGGAGACUGCGAGGGGCGAAGGAGAGAAUGAGGGUGGUCAGGGCUCCAAGCGCUCCUGUAGGGUGGGAGUUGGGCAAGGCCCUCACGUAGUACUGUGGAGCCUGUCCUGCGCCCCUGUGGUCUUUCUGCUAUCCUUUGUCACUUCCUUUUACUAUGGCACCAUAACCUGGUACAACGUGUUCCUGGUCUACAAUGAGGAGCGGACGUUCUGGCACAAGAUCAUUGUCUGCCCUUUUCUCAUUAUCUUCUACCCCAUCCUCAUCAUGGUGGUUUCCCUGUCCUUGGGGCUUUACACAGCCAUCACACAAGUGUCCUGGGCCUUUGGUGAGUGGUGGGUGGCUGUACGGGAUCUAGAGAAGGGCUUCUGUGGAUGGGCUUGUGGAAAGCUUGGCUUGGAGGACUGCUCCCCUUACAGCAUUGUAGAAUUGCUGGAUUCAGACAAUGUUUCAGGCAGCCUGCAGGGGAAGGUUCCUGCACAGGGUCUUCAGACCUCUUCUGUAUGAUAGAGCUGAGCUUUGGAGCACAGCCUGAACAUCUUCUGUUUUGUGUUCACAAUGAACUGAGACCCAAGCCAAAUAGCUGGCUUUCACUUUGAAUGUCAUCCCAGUUCUACUAGCACUCCACCAGGCUCUCAGGCUACCUGUAUCACAGUUGAACUGAAAAGGGUGGUCUACCAUCUUUAUAUGAAUCAGACAUUGUAACUGAAAGCAAUUUCCAACUAACAUUUUUCAUCCACAAGCAGAAUCCAAAUGCAUUUUAAGUUCACAUCUCUGCUUGGAGUUGAUUUGUGUGGUUAUUGAAACAUACAUGGGAGAAUUAUGUCGAUGAGAGAGAGUUGAAAGCCACAAGGUGGUGUCAUGGAAGUGUUUCAGGGUACUAAUGACUACAUAGGUUGUUAUAUUUCAACCGGACAUAGAAGCUGCAUAGUCUUUUCCUAGUGAUUUAACCUUGAUUUUUAGCCUCUUAAUUAAAAAGAAUUACGGAUGAAGUAGGCCUUUGAUUCAGUUAACAAUUUAUGCCACACAUCUCAUUCUGUCUCACAUUGACUGGCAAUAAGGAGACAUGGGCAAAUGAGGAAGAAAUCACAGUUACCAAAUUUAUAUAGAUUACUUUUUUGGUGCUGUGAAACUGAGUACUUGCAUAUUUCAGAAUACAGAUAAAUUCCAAUUAGAAAACAAAACUAAUGUGAAAGUAGAUGUUAAUAUACAGUAUUUAUAUCUAGACUUUCAGCUAGGAAACUGAAGUGCUAGGAAAGAUUUAUUGGUUCUCUAUCAUAAGUAAAACAUAUCACUUUUAGUUUUUUUGUUGAAGAUACCCUUUCACAAUAACAAUAUUACCUUUGCUUUGAGUGUCUUGGAAUGAUACAAUAAUACCUGUUACAAGCUAACAAUAUUUAAAGAGUUGUAAAAAUACAACAAAUUGGUCAUAUUCAGAAACUUCUGUUUUAACAUGAACUAAAAUUAUGUGUCAUUACUCAUUGUCACCUUAGCAAGGAGUGGUUGAACAGUUCUAGAGAAAUUAGUAAAAAGCUUUAUAAAGUAGUAAAAAUACAGACACUUUGUUUUCAUGAUGAAAACACUAACGAGAUCUCUUUUCAAACGGUUUUUCUCAUAUAUAUUGAUGCCAUUGAACUCUAUCCUUCAGGAGCCUGGAUAACAUUUCAAAUUUCAUUAGGACUACUCUACAUAUUUAACACACUUGCAGAUUGUAAAUAACAUGUUUUUGUAUAUAUUGAAGGGGAAAAUGCUUUUGAGAGCACAUUCCUUGGGAGUUUUUUUCAUGGAAGUUUUUUUACAUUUUAUGGACGUUAUUUAUUAAUGUACGUUAUAAUGAAACUUUGAGUAUUUUUUGGUUGCUUUCUCCAUUGUGAAAGUCAAUUAGUCGAUUCCUGAUGAGCUUCAUAAGGAGUGAGUUCAAAGAGAGGCGUUUCAUAAUUUGUCCUGUGCUGUAGCACAACACAAGUAAAGAACAGGAUUACAGCACAACUUAUGUGAAUGGAGGAUAUCCCUCUAAUUUAUGUGAAUAAAUGCAAAUGCAACUGUACAUUCACUUUACAUAAGGGUCGCUUGAGGGUUGCACAUUCUGACACAGUGGUCACUUGCACUUUGGUUUUUAUAACCACAAAUAAUGGCACCUCUCACCCUAAAACCCCACCUACCAUGUUAUUUAAACCCAAAGCUUUUUUUCAUAGUGUGUUGUGGUUUUAAUUUUCCCUUUCUUUUUUUGAUUCUGUUUGGUAAAAUUCUUGUGUGGAUAUUAUUUAAUAAAAUUGUUCCAUUAUAAGUCAUUUUGAUUGUCUGCUAAGGGCAGUGAUUGAUAAAGAUGUUACCUUUUGUGAGAUUUUUGUGUUCUAUGUUUUUUAUAAAAAGUGGACUUGUUUUCUUUUGAAGCCUGGAUAUUCCUUCCAAUUUCACAAGAUACACAGACUGAGCUGAGAGGCUGAUCUUGGACCAGACCUUGAUUACUAUGUUGCACCAGAUUUUAAGACUUGCUCGUGUGAGUUUCACUCCCCUCAGCCUGCUGUUAACGUACAGUGGGCCAAUUUAAUGUUUCACCUAGGAAGAGAGAUAAGUUCUUUAUCUUUAAUGUAGUCACUGCACAAAUGAGUGCCAGUAUGGGACACCUGUGAUUUAUAUGCUUGUCAGCAGUUGGUGUCUUGAAAGGUAUGAAGUGAAUUUGUUUUCCUAACCCCAGAAAACACCAUUCCUUGCAUUUUGUUCUUGAUCAAAAGCUUUGGUGGAUUGUUCCUCACAGUGCUUCAAGAAUAAAUGUUUGCUCACUUGACAUUUUACAGACUCUCUUUGAAGUUGUAUUUUCAGAUAAAUGUGCUUUCAAAGGAAAGAAAGGAAGUGGCCAAAAAUAAUAAAUAUAUUAAAUAUUAAAUCAUAUACUAAAUCAUUAUAUAUAUUAAAUUAUAGAUUUAAUAUAAAAUCUUUCAAAUCUGUUUCCAAAAUUUUGCUUUUACAACAUUAAGAAUUGAAGAAUUUUAACUUAAAAUCAGUUUUUAAGAAUGAACUUGAUUUUAGAUUGGUUAUUGUUUUAAUACUUCAACUUUUAAAUAGCUAUUGAGAUCAAUCAGUAUAUGAAUACAGUUGUUAUAGUGAAAUAAGACAAAGAAGUUCUGACAUUUAAGUCAUUCCUGGCUUUCGUUUGCUGGGUUAAGUCAUAUUAACUCAAAAUCCUAUAUUUGGAGAGGUUAUUCAAAAGGAAAUAGGCGGCCUUGCAAUGAAAGUGUGUUCAGGAGCUCUAGUAAUUGUAGCUAUUACAGUAUAUAGUAAAAUUCCCCUGAGAGGAAACAGUUUACCAGGCAUCAUCUUCCAAAGCAAUCUGAUAUGAGAUAUUUAAAAUUAAGAGAUAAAUGGGGCCUUUCUUUUUUAAUGCUAAUAGGAGCUCUGAUUAUUGAUCUUCAGUCCUCUGGAGAACUAUGUUAUCUUUCUAGGUACUUAAACUUAAAAAUUCUGGAGAAGUUGGUAUGAACAAACAAUGAUAAGUGUUGCUAGAAGUUCAUGUUCAUGCGUGAAGAGAGAUAUUCUUUUUCUCAGCACAAAUUAUUUCCAAAUUACAUCACCAUUUGAAUUCCAGACUGACUGACGAUAUUUGUUUUUACAGUAUUUAUCGUUUUCUCAUUACUUCAAUUUUAUGUUACAUCUCUUUUUUCCCCAUUUAAAUUUCAGGAUCAUAAAUGAGGUGUUUGAAGUAAACAGAGUGAAAGGUUCCUUAAUCAAAAUGCGUUUGGAAAACCAGAGGCACUAUAGGCCUGAUAUAAGGGGUUUGCCAUCAAGCUAUGACUGUAUUGUGAAAGACAUUAUACAAACAUUUUAAGCCUGAAUUCACUUCCCAUUAUCAAUUGGACUCAUUUGAAAGAUACCAAAUAAGGCAGACUGGAUUUGGUUUUUGGCUUCAAAUAGUCACAAAAAAUGAUACCUAUAAUAAGCAAAUUUGAAACUACAGUAGGUUUUCUAUCGGUUUGGAUAGUAGUAUGUCAGAACCCCUCAGAAAGGUGUACCUCUGAAAGGAGGCUGUUUCCUCUUUUUUGAGGGGAUACAGAAAACAGAUUUAUCCAAUGAAUAUGCAAUCAAGGAGUGGCAAAAGUGACUACUGCUCAAAAUGAGCUGUAUUGCAUGUAAGAUGGGAAUCUCAUGAUAGGAUUUCUGCAUUAUUAGUGAAUAGUCUAACAAAGUACUGUUGUCACCCUGACAGGGAUAUAUUUUAGAUGAACAAUUGUGCUCAGUGAGAAAUUUAGAAUGCAGGGAAACUGCAGUAAUUCUUUACCUACCCCUUUUAAAAAGCAUUUUGAUCAGUUAAUAUUUGUACCAUAUACCAUAAUGAAACUGAAGAAAUUUACAAAACCUGUCUCUUUCAUUGUGUGUGUAUACUCUUGAUGCAUUUUAUUGCUCAUAUGACAAUGCUGAAUCUCAAGCUAUCUUGCUUGGAUAGUUGCGCCUUGACAACAACAGUGCAAAUCUAGUGCAGUAAGAUAUUGUAGCGUCUAUGCGAUGCUUGGUAUAGCAAAUGUACUGUAUUGUUUUCACUAUGCACGGCUAUGGUAAACUGCACACUGAUUCAGUCUGCUUUUUAAACAGUGGAGGGCAGCCCAUGCCCUGCCCAGUCUGUUCAUUUGAACUUCUGUACUACAACGUGAGUGUAAUUUUAUUGAUAAAAAUGGGAAAUAAAGCUAUGUUUAAGCCCA